AUGGCGGAGGAGGAAGAGAUCUCUCCUAGUCAGGAGAUAGAUUUCUGUACUCUGGGAAUGUUCAUCAUUGGUAAGACAAUUUUCCUAUCUCAAAAUACAUACUUGUUCAAUCGGCCAAUUUCAAGGCUGUCACCAUCUGAGGCUAUCACCUUUGCAGAGCCUUAUGAGAUCCACUUCCCUCCUCCAACCCCACCCGUCUACGACAUCUUAGGCGGCGCCGGAUCCUACUCCGCUCUAGGUGCCCGAUUCUUCUCCCCACCGCCGCUCUCCAAAACCGUCUCCUGGAUCGUUGACCGAGGCUCCGACUUCCCAACCUCUAUCGAUACUCAGAUCCGCACCUGGGGCACGUCAUGCCUCAUCCGCGAUGAUCCCAACCGCCUCACGACCCGCGGCUGGAACGGCUACGACAGCACACAGAACCGAGCCUUCAAAUACACGACGCCCAAACUGCGACUCGACGAAGACGCGCUGACGCCCACGCUCCUCUUCUCCAAGAGCUUCCACCUAAUCUGCAGUCCCACGCGCUGCAUCGAGCUCGUGACGGCCAUCCUGCGACGGCGCAAAUCCCUCGAUCCCCACGCCGCGAAGCCGCUCUUCAUAUGGGAGCCCGUCCCGGAUCUCUGCGUCCCCAGCGAGCUCCUCAACUGCACCAACGCCCUGCCCUACAUCGACAUCUGCAGUCCCAACCACGCCGAGCUGGCCUCGCUCAUGGGCGAUCCCGAUCUGGGCCUCGACGCGUCGACGGGCCAGGUAUCCAAGGAGGCCGUCGAGCGCGCCUGCGAGCAGCUUCUCGGCAGCAUGCCCUUGCAGAGCUACGCCUUGGUGAUACGCUGCGGAGCCGCAGGAUGCUAUCUAGCCAAGAACGGCGGGCGCUCGCGCCGGCCCUCUUCCGAGCGGCGGAAGAAACGCCCCGCGAACCGCGCCCGCGGCGGCCUGACCCUGGACAUGGAUAUCGAGUCGCUGUUCGCGGGCCUGCUGAACAGCGAAGGCUCGUUCGAGCGCGAAGAGGUGCCGAUGAAUCCUAGCCUGGAGCGCUGGCUCCCGGCGUAUUUCUCCGACGGCGAUCAAGAGAAGGUCGUUGAUCCGACGGGCGGUGGGAAUGGCUUCCUAGGCGGCCUUGCGGUGGCGCUGGCAAGGGGCCAGGGGCUGGAAGAUGCGGCUUGUUGGGCUAGUGUGGCGGCGAGUUUUUGUAUUCAGCAGGUCGGUGUUCCCGUCUUGGGCGUUGAUCAGGAUGGGAGAGAGACCUGGAAUGGUGAGCGGGCUGAGGACCGGUUGCGAGCGUUUCGGAAGCGUGCGGGAUUGGAGGAGUGAGUUUUUUAUAGAAAGGGGGGGGCGUGAUGGGUACUGAGUGAGGGUUAAUAUUUACGGCUAGACUAUGGCGAUUGGCAUUAUAGACUUGGUUGGACAUGGGAUAAAUGAGCCAUGACUAUAGACUAGGUAAUUCUUUGGAUUCAGACUUGCAUAUCAAUCAUUAAAACAUAAACAGUGACCUCAUGUAUCUUAUCUCCAAACCAUACCCACAACGCCAACCUUCCACCCUCCCAUCCACAGCCCCUGUAUCCGCACUAGUCGUCUAGAUCUUAUACACAAGCUCUCCAUCGGUAUACAUAAUAUUAUUCGCCUC